AUGGGGAUAGCAUUUCGCACCGGUGGUCUUUUGACAGGCAUCGUUCACUUGGUGGCGUUGGCCUUUGCACACUAUCUACAGAUCCGAAGGCCAUUUGAUCAUCAAAAGAUUCUUUCACUUCGAACCGUCCAGGUCGUGAUUUUCUUCAUAUGGGCUGUUCCUCCUCUUAGCCUAAUCAUCUACUUCAGCAGUUGGCCUGGACAAGGCUUCAGUGCAUUGAACCAAUUCAAGCAAUUGAAUGUGCAUGUCAGCGAGUUUCAGCUUAGUACAGCUGAAUUGCGUCUUCUGAAGCGGAAGCAGAAACGGAUUGCCAUUUUAGACCUCUUCGUUAUGCCUAGCAAGCUUUUUGUCAACCAUGACCGUGUUGCGUAG